CCCCCACUGGGCGCGCGCUAGGUUGAUAGUGCAAUACUAGUACUGUGGCGGAAGCCGCCGACUUCCGGAGUACCCAUACUUCUCAACAUAAUGAACCACGAAAGAUCAAACAAGUUACGAGCAGCAAUCGAAACAGCAGUUUACCGUGCUAUCUUUGACGAUACAUCGUUCACUAUCGACUUACCCAAACUCACACUCGAGCUGUGGGAGCGUGUCUCCAUUCGCACCCCAGACAACAUGAACGAGAAUGAACGCCUCGAGUUCUUGGGUGAUUCGCUCAUGGACGCGAGCAUCGCCAUAGCCUUGUACAAGAUCGUACCGGAAGGCACGCCGCACAAAUACACGGUCAUUCUCAGUGUAUUGCACGCAAACCGCACCUUCUGCCACCUAGCCCGAAAGAUGAAGAUAGACUAUGGAGGUGCAGACACGAAGAACAUCGGCGAUGUCUUUGAGACGAUCGUCGGUGCAUAUUAUACAGAAAAGGGCUUUGAAGCGGUUCACGCGUGGGCUAUCCGGAUUUAUGAACCUCUCGUCCGAGAGGCCAGCAUUGCGUUUGACGAGUGCCAGAGAAAGCUCGACAGAAACUGUGCAGAAGAUUUACCCGCACCUCUUGGCAAGGGAAAGGCCAGAGCCCGAGGACAGUCAUCUGCUGCGCAGCACAAACGAACCACCUCGCGAUCUUCAGCUCGCGAGCGGUCUCUCGCUGAGGGGCCUGCUGCAUCAGACUCUCGACCCGUCGCCCAGUCCGUCGGAGAGAGAACUACUGCCGAGACUUUGAACCACGCUCAGACGUCUUCUACAGGGCACGAUACACCAUCAGGUUGGCACGAUAAUGACGAGACCGGACAGCAUGCUUUCUCCCCCUAUCUACCGCCUGACGGCAGUGAUGACGAGCCGCUGCCCGACUUCUGGGAGAAAGUCCCUCUUCCAGAUGGCAAAGUUCUAUUUGUCGAUCAUCGGACGCAUAUAACCACAUGGAAAGAUCCUCGUCGCGUCCAGACACCAUCGCCUCCCCCGCUUAGAGAAGUGCCUGCAGCUUGGAGAGCGCGUCCGACGGCUGGAUCAGACCUAGACGACGAAGGAAGCAGGACUGGUCCACUUGGUUCGGAUGUUGUCGCCUUUCCUGACCUUGUGCGGGAAGGUUAUACGGCAGGCUUUAUACCUCCAGAAAAUCUGUCUUCCGAUGCCUUGCCUGAGUUCUGGGAGUUACGGCAAGGCUUGGAUGGGAAGACAUAUUACAUAGACCACAUCGAUGCUACAUUCAUCCCAGCAAGUAGUUAAAUGAGUCGUUGGCCAUUAAACCAUGAUACAUAUCUGCAAUCUCUCCUGUAGUUUGUGCUCUUACUCCGCACUAGUAUGACCGAUAAUCAACUGCAUGAUGUCUGCAUCCCG